CUCUGCUUAAACCCUAACCAGCCUCCUCUUCUCCUCUCCGCUGCCUCGUCGCUCUUCUCUUCUCCUCCUCCUCCUCCUCCUCCUCCUCCUUCUUCCUCUCCUUACUCAGACAAUGGAGGACGAUCUCCGAAUCCGACUCCAUCAACCGCAAGUGACAAAGCUAUUCCCUGUCAGACCUAAACCUAGAUCAAAAUCCGUUUCCCAGUCUCAGUCCCCUGAAUCCAGGUAUUGGUCCUCUUUCAAAUCCCAACAGAUCCCUAAUCUCGUCUCCUCCGUCUCCGCCAUCGCUUUCUCUCCGGUGCACCCUUACUCCUUCGCUGUCGCUCACUCCGCCUCCGUUUCCCUCUUCUCCUCCCAGACCCUCUCCGCUUCCCAUCGCAUCUCUUUCCCCGACGUCGUCUCCUCUGUCUGCUUUCGCUCCGACGGUGCCCUCCUCGCUGCAUCUGACCUCUCCGGCCUCGUGCAGGUCUUCGACGUCAAGAGCCGGACCCCACUCCGGCGCCUCCGCUCCCACGCCCGACCCGCCCGGUUCGUCAGGUACCCAUGGCAGGAUAAACUUCAUUUGAUCUCCGGAGGGGACGAUGCGGUGGUGAAGUAUUGGGAUGUCGCCGGGGAGGCAGUCGUAUCGGAUCUGUUGGGCCACAAGGAUUACGUUCGAUGCGGUGACUGUUCACCGGUCAACGAUUCUGUGUUCGUCACCGGCUCUUACGAUCACACUGUUAAGGUAUGGGACAUGAGGGUCGAAAGCUCGAGAUGGGUCGCAGAGAUCAACCACGGAAAGCCAGUGGAAAAUGUGGUGUACCUGCCGUCGGGUGGGCUGAUCGCGACGGCCGGUGGGGACACUGUCAAGGUAUGGGAUCUGAUCGGAGGGGGUAAGAUGACUUGCUCCAUGGAGAACCACAACAAGACGGUCACGUCCCUCUGCGUGGGGAGAAUCGGAGGUGAAGCAGCCGAGCCCGAGAAUCGGAUAGUGAGCGUGGGGUUGGAUGGGUACAUGAAAGUGUUCGACUACGGAAGGGCAAAGAUCACUUACUCCAUGAGGUUCCCUGCACCACUCAUGUCCAUCGGACUCUCACCGGAUGGUACAGCGCGGGUGAUCGGAGCGUCCAAUGGGACGGUUUUCGCCGGUAAGAGGAAGGCAAAAGAGGGGGAAGAGAAGAAAAGCAUGGAUAUUUGGACAGUAAAGAGUGAGAUUGAAGAGAGUAGAAGAAGGGCAUUGCGACCAACGUAUUUCAGGUACUUUCAGAGAGGGCAGAACGAGAAGCCGAGAGAGGGUGAUUACAUGGUGACGAAGACAAAAGGGGUGAAGCUGAGGAGACAUGACAAGUUGCUGAAGAAGUUCAGGCACAAGGAGGCAUUGAUGUCAGCAAUGGAGGAGAAGAAUCCGGAGAAUGUGGUGGCUGUGAUGGAGGAGUUGGUGGCAAGGAGGAAGCUUCUGAAGUGUGUUUCGAAUUUGGAGGAAGAAGAGGUGGGGAUGCUGCUGGGUUUUUUGCAGAGGUACUGCACUGUGCCCAGGUAUUCCGCAUUGUUGAUGGGAUUGACUAAGAAAGUGCUGGAGAUGAGAGCUGAUGAUAUCAAAGGCCGUGAGGAGUUGAGAGGAUGUAUAAGGAACUUGAAGCGGGCAGUGGAUGAAGAGAUCAGGAUACAGCACUCUCUCAUGGAGAUUCAAGGUGUUAUUGCCCCAUUGCUGCGAAUCGCCGGAAGGAGAUGAUGAUUACCCCACUCUUGUUUUUUUGCUUUUGUUAUAAUCUUAUUCCAUUUGUAGGCUCCGACUUCUUAUUAUGUCAAAGAGAGUAUGUUUGGGGUUGAGUUUGAGACACGGAGGAAAAGCCAAUACCAAAUGUAACAUCUAUCGGAUUCUUAUAUCAUCAAGAAAUUUUGUUGGGUUUC